AGAGAGAGGAUGCUGAAAUACUGAAGGCUGUGAAGGCUGUGCCUUGAUCACAGUCAGUCCUACUAUCAGCGUUAAAGAUCCUGGAAAUGUGCAGGCUUAUCUGUCAUGGAUGCAAAUAUGAUACCAAAAUUCACCUCCAAAGACGAGGAAAUUGACUUCUGGAAGGCUCUUUCACUCAAGUACAAGAAAAGUUAUAAGGAGGCACAGGAGGAGUUGCUGGAGUUCCAAGAGGGGAGCAGAGAGCUGGAGACAGAACUGGAGACACAAUUGGGCCAAGCGGAGCAUCGCAUCAGAGACCUGCAGGCGGACAACGAGAGACUGCAGCAUGAGCUCAACUCGCUCAAGGAGAAGCUGGAGUAUCAGUAUGCUCAGAGCUAUAAACAGGUCUCAGUGCUGGAGGACGACCUCAGCCAGACUCGAGGCAUCAAGGAGCAGCUGCAUAAAUAUGUCAGAGAGCUAGAGCAGGCCAAUGACGACCUGGAGAGAGCUAAGAGAGCCACGAUUACAUCUCUGGAGGACUUUGAGCAAAGGCUGAACCAGGCCAUCGAGAGGAACGCCUUUCUGGAGAGUGAACUGGAUGAGAAGGAGUCUCUCCUGGUGUCUGUGCAGAGACUAAAAGAUGAAGCUAGAGAUUUGCGGCAAGAGCUUGCAGUGCGAGAGAGCCGGCCCGAGGUCACACGAAUGUCGGCCCCCAGCUCUCCAACUCCAGACAAUGACCAAACAGACUCCGCAGUCCAGGCCUCCCUGUCUCUGCCGGCUACACCGAUCAGCAAGAACCUGGACAAUACUUUCACUAGCCAGACUGCUCUGGCCAACAGCUCCACUAAUGCAGCCCUCACUCCAUCUGCUAGAAUAUCAGCGCUCAAUAUUGUUGGCGAUUUACUGCGCAAAGUUGGGGCUUUAGAGUCUAAGCUCGCAGCCUGUCGAAAUUUUGCCAGGGACCAGGCAGCCAGGAAGAACUAUGCCACAAACAUCAACGGCAAUCUGAUUAACGGAGACAUUUCAAAUUACUCUCACUCUCUCUACACAUCCUACUUUGACAAAGCCAGGACAGUGAACGGUUUGGACCCCGGCACCAUGACGAACAUCACAGCUCCGCCACGCUCCAACUCUCCAUCCAGCGUGGUGCUCAGCGUGUGACCCUCAAACACACAUAAACUCCAUUAUAACCACUUUACAGCAAUAUAACAAUUCCUUUUAAUACACUACUGAAUCAAAGUCGAGAUUACAGUGGGUUACAUCGCGGUUAGUAAUGGUAGCCCAACUGCAGCAGCACCUCAUACUAGUCUCUAUGUUGCAAUAUCCUACAUUUUACUGCUGAAGUACUUGUUAAUAGUUCCUAAAAAAUUUAUAAACCCAUCUAAUAUAUUUAUGGUUACUGUUAAUUUAGAUUUAAGCAUAUAUGUACAUAUUUAUUUUAGUUUUCUCUGUUCUUUGCAAAUGUGAUGUCUUUUACCACGGUCCAAAAAUGUAUUUAUUGCUAUAGUGUUGGAUGGAAAUAUGUGUGAAAGCUAAAAACAAAGGGAUUUUACACUAUUAAUAUAUGUUGUGCAACACAUGCAGUGUUUGUGUACAAGAAGGUAGACCUGAUAUAUAUAUAUAUAUAUAUAUAUAUGAUAUACUGUAUAUUGAAGGAGAAAUGAAGAUGAACGGUGGAGAUCUGACUAUCUAGACUUACAUGUGCACUUAUAUGUCAUGAAAACUGUUUUCCAGUUUUAUCCCCAAUUCUUCUGUCUUUUUUUUUUCAGUAGGAUCUAUAGUAAGUGCUAAUGUGUGCCUCUGAUGGGUAAACUUCCCCCGAUACGUGGCCUGGUGUCAGCGUGAAAGAUAUUUGGAGUUGCACAUGAAAGGUGUGUUUUGGCUCCAGCAGGUUUGCAUUUUAAACACUGGUUCUGUCAUGUUGACAAUCGACUGCUG